AUGACGCCUGAGGAUUGGUCGGCGGUGAUUAGCACGAAUUUGAAUUCAAUGUUUAAUGUGACCAAGCAGGUGGUGGGUGAUAUGGUGGAGCGCGGCUGGGGCCGGAUUAUCAAUGUGUCUUCCGUUAAUGGGCAAAAAGGCCAGGCUGGGCAGACGAAUUAUUCUUCUGCUAAGGCUGGUAUGCAUGGUUUUACGAUGGCUCUGGCGCAAGAGCUUGCCAGUAAGGGCGUGACGGUGAAUACGGUGAGCCCAGGUUAUAUUGGUACCGAUAUGGUCAAUGCGAUACGCGAAGACGUGUUGCAGAAGAUCGUGGCCGGUAUUCCGGUGAAGCGUUUGGGGCGGCCAGAGGAAAUUGCAUCACUGAUUUCUUGGAUUGCCUCAGAUGAAAGCGGGUAUUCAACCGGCGGGGACUUUUCGAUUAACGGCGGCAUUCAUAUGAGUUGA